AUGCUAGCAACAGCCACGACAGCAAUAAAUAUUUCAAUUCAUAUAGCUAUAGGGACCUCUCCUUUAAUUUUUAGAUACGAAAGGUUACCAAAUUUGGAGAUAGGUCGGAAGCUGGGCAUAAAUAACAAGGAGUUUGGAAAGGAACAAUUAAUGCAAGAGAGAAAUAAAAAUUUUAAACAGUACAAGAAGCAUAUAGAAGGGGGGAAGAUUACAGCACCUAAUCGAUUUCAGAUACAUUAA